AUUGCCUCGUGCGUCGUGUUCUGGAGUUUCUCUUUCCUCUAAACCCUCCAUCUUCAUUCUUCAUUCUUCAUUCUUCAUUCUUCAUUCUUCAUCCUCCUCCAUCCUCUCUAACCUGGAUAAUUCCUCUUCAUUUCCAACCAGCGCCUCCUACUCUCCCCACUUCAUUCUCACUUUCUCAAUUUCUUCGUGUUCUGGAUCUGUACUGUUGAUCAAGGUUUUUAUUCAUGGUUAGUGCUAUUUGUUUCCUUGUUUAAAAAACCUGUCGGGGGUUUAAGCAAGUAUCCAAAAAACGAAGUCGGAAAGGAGGAGGAGAAGAGUGGUGUCUAGAAAUGCGAGAAAUAGAAUUAGCAUUGAAUCAAACUCAAAAGAUUCGACUACAAAGAGCUCUAGAAAAGCUCCAGUGUCUCUGCUCUAAAUCCAAAUCUAAUGCUUCCGUCACUGUCGCCGACGCCAUUCCUGUUAACUACGAAGACGGCAUUCUCAAGGGGCAUGGAACAUCUGAGCUUGACGGCGAAGUGAUUGCAACCGUGUGUGGAGUUGUCGAGCGGGUUAACAAACUCGUCUACGUUCGUUCUUUGCGCUCCAGAUACAAGCCUGAAACUGGUGAUAUCCUAGUAGGGCGAGUUGUUGAGGUUGCUCAAAAGCGGUGGAGAGUCGAGAUCCAUUCGAAUCAAGAUGCAGUUUUGAUGCUUUCUUCAAUUACAUUGCCUGAUGGCAUUCAGAGGCGGCGUACACCUGUUGAUGAACUCAACAUGCGUAAUAUAUUUGAAGAGAAUGAUGUUAUUUCUGCUGAAGUACGUAAUCUUCAACAUGAUGGUACUUGGCAGCUACAUGCAAGGAGUGACAAGUAUGGGAAGCUUGAGAGGGGUCAAUUGAUCACUGUACCUUCUUAUUUGGUGAAACGACGCAAACAACACUUCCACCAGUUAGAUCAGUAUGGAGUUCUCUUAAUACUUGGAUGUAAUGGCUAUGUCUGGGUUGGUGAACUCAUUGAAGCAAAAGAUGUGAUGGAAGUAGAUGAUGUCAAAGAAUCUGAACAAACUAAUGCAAAUAUCAGUGGCUAUACAAGUGUUGAAGUAAAAGAGCAAAGUCAAACUCCCCUGGAAACACGGCAGAACAUUUGCAGGAUUGCGAAUGCUGUCAGAGUCUUAUCUAUUCUAGGUUUCAAUAUAACCAUAGAAGUAAUAGUAGAGAUAUUCAAUUUGAGUACUUCAUUGAAUCUUGACAUACAUGAGAUGCUUGGAGCUGAGUUCUGUGUUACAGUAGCUGAGAAAGAGGCUGACCGACGGAACACACUAAGGGGUUGAUUAUGUAAUUUCUUGAUAUAGGUGGAGCUGCUGUAAUUUUGCUUGUAAGGUGAAAAAUGCUUGCAAAUGUAGCAUUUUGUGUUCUUUUAUCUUUUCGUUUAGCUUUUGAUUUUUGUCCCUUGGUGGGCAAGUUAGGAUUUUGUGUAUUCCCUUCUACUAUCGUGCACGUUCCUUUGGUAAUUGUCACGGAAUUUUUUUCGAACUA